GCGUGCCGGAGUGGUAGCCACCAAGCGCGUUUAGCUCCGGGAUUACCUAACGAGCCGUAGUAGUCGGGUGCGAAACGACACGUCCCGUGUGACGCAGGUGACCGAUAGAGGUUUCACCCUCGAAAGUUUAACGUUAAACUAGUUUUUUGAGUUCGCAUUCAGUCGCGAGGCAUCGCGGGUAAUCGAACGAUCGCGCGUGUGGUAUCGACGAAGUGACCUCUUACAGAGUGAGCUGACUUGGAAGAAAAGUGUCGGGACGGUUCGAGAAGUUCGCUGUUCGCGGGGUAUAUAUAUAUUUUAUCGAGUGUCGGCGUUUGGUAGCGCGGUGUCGUAGAACGAGAAACGGAGUAGUGGUGAAGAAAAGUAACGAGGAACGCCGACAGGCGCGAGCAAGACCCUUGCCCGAUCGAUGAUCGAUGAUAAUCGUUCUUGCGACGUCGCAUCGGAUCAGGAUCGGGCGCAAGGUGUUCGUCUCGCCGGUCCCACGGGACGAGACACCCGGCUGCCCCGCCGGCAGUGACAGUUGCUGUACGUGAGAGUGUUUUGUUCGGUAUAACCACGAGCCGGGUUUCUCUCCUCCUCGUUCGAUCCUCUUCUUGCUGGUACUCGGCGGAGAACCGCUCCGGGGAUAUCCUUAAACAGUACACCAGAGGCAUUACCGAUCGGAAUGCUACUGUGCCAGUGAAGGUCGGUGAUCGGGGUCUAGCGGUGUGAUCGGGAAGAGAGAAGGGGAGAUUGAGAGGGUGAAGCAUUUAGUGGCCAGGGUUGAAUGGCUCUCGGGUAGGGGGUAGCGAGGUAAGAGGAAAAACGAGGAUAAAAAAAUAAAAAAAGGUGGGGAAAAACGGUGGUGCUCCGGCUGUGUGUUAUGGUUGGGAGGAAAAGGCUGGGAAGAUGCUCGAGGUUCAACGCUCGGAGUUUUUAAGAGAGGGAGAAGCCUGCCACCCUCCUACCGACGAUUUACUACUACCCCCCGAUUCGUCAGGGGCUUCUAUCUCCGGGUGGAAGCCCGCAGAGAGAACCGUCUCCUUCAAUCGAGACGUCCACGUCAAGAGGAUCGGACGUGGAGCACCCCGCGUGACCGCGGCACUCGCAGGAGAUGGCGAAGGCAGGUUGAUCGCCACCCCCGUCCACAAAGAGAGCAUAGCGUCGAGAAGCAAAGAGGACCUAGCUCAGGAGGCGGCGCUGGUGCUUCAGCAAGCGGGCAGCCUUCAGUGCGUCGCCCACGACAAUAGACGAUUGCCCGGUCGGUUCAGCACACUCCCGGCGCGUCGUAACAAGAAGAGGCCGGAGCUGCCGCUCGAUGUGAGACGCAGAAGCGAGGAAAUCGGCGCAACGACCAGCGCGGACCUCGUCGGUACACCGAGACCGAAGAAGAAAGCACUGGAGAGGAGCGGGAGCGAUGCCAGCGCGAAGAAGCUGAGGGGCACCCUAGCCAAGUUCUUCUCGCCGAAGUUGGAACGAAAGAGGAAACCAGUGGGGCGUAGCGCGAGCGACGCCGGCACAUCGACGCGAUCGCACCGCAAGAGAAGCGGCAGUGAGAGCGAGGGAUCCCACCUGAGCAGCGUCCGCGCCAAGAAACAACUGUCCCCUAUAAUCGAGGCGUCGCCGCACGUCGAUCAGCAGCCGUUCCACUUCGGUAGGAUCGACGCGGGCGAGGGCACUAGUCGACCAGAGGCGAAGAAGUCGAAGCAGGAGGACACCGAUGCCGAAACGGUAACGCGGGAGGAGCGCGUAGAGACGGAAGUGACUGUAUCGAAGCCGCCGAUAUCGCCUACGAGGGAGAACAAAGCGACCGUGCGACGCAUACCUAUCGAGCUAGAGGACGAUAACAAGAUCAACGAGGAAGGAGAAGGGAGGAGGGAGAAGGUAACCAGGACCCCUUCACCGGCAAAGGACACCGGGCUCGACGAAGUAGACAAGGUCGGCGCGAGUAGCAUGCUGCACAGCAGUCGAUACGAUCUUCAGCAACGCGACGAAGAGUCAACGAUACACAAGAUGAUUCACCGAUUGUCCACCGAUCGGUCGCCACCGCCCCAGCUGACGCGAACGAUGGUCUCGCCUGGGCCUGGAUUCGGUCACAACAACAACCGGCCGUUCUCUUAUACCAGACCAAACGAGUCGUGCAGCCCGCCGCCCCCGCAGACAAACGUGAUUUACGCUCAGGUGCAGACCGAUAAGAAGAAGGCGCAGAGGAGUCACUCGGACAGCGACGAGGGCCUAGGUCUCGAGAGGAAGGACUCCUCGAGAGAAAACAGUCCCGCGGAGAAGGAGUACCGCAGGACGGAUUACUCGUACAGCAGCGACCUGAGGCGCAACAAUGAGAUCAACGCGUUCAAGUCGAGAUACGAGGAAGAUCGAAAAACCAGCACCGCUCACUUCCCUGGUCAUUACGCCGGCACGCAAGACUACGCUACCAGAAGCACCGACGCGAAACGGCGCCACGAAUUCGACGAGAUCGAUCGACGCCUCUACGACAAACCGGACAAGUACACGUCGACGGUGUUCGUCGACACCUCGGGACGAGGCAGAGCCGACGGAACGGACGCGAGGCAAAGGGUGAACGAGUACCAAGCCAGGCAGACGCAAGGAAUAUCGAACAAGACGUCCGAGUUGAGCGCCAGACGCGAUCUGCUAGAGUCCAGGAUCAAGUCGCGGCUCCUGGCGGACGAGAUGUUCGCCGCGAAGAACACCGCUAACGUUCCGAUUAAGAAGUCGGAACACGAGAUCAUCGAUAAGCCGAUCGUGCCGUCCCCGGUUACGCCGAAUCGCGUCGCCUCGCCGAAACGUUACAUGGAUACCUACAUAACGGAAACACGCACGAACAGCAACGGCGAGAAGUACAUAUUCGAGAAGGAGAUACACGAGGAUAACGGCAAGGUGUACGGCUACGAGAAGAAGAUCACGAAUAAAAUACCGACGGACGGGUACAUAGACACGAAACCGCGGGACGGGUACAAGGUUGAGACCAGGACGGAUAAAUACGGGGAUAAGUACAUAGUGGAAACGAGAACGCAUAAAGGGUACGCGGACGAUUUUAAGCCUUUUCUCAGCGACAAGAGCAGGACCAGCCCUGAAGAAAGAUUCCAGCCUGUGAGGAAUACUAGCAGUCCCUACAAGGUGCCCAAUUUUCAUCCCGUGGAGACUCCUCAUCACUAUCGCGAGAGUAAGGAGAAUGUUAACGUUCUCUCGUCGCCUAUCAUUGCUAAGAAGUUCACGUCCACCGAGAGGAAGUUUUCUAAAAGCGACGAUUUUCUAGAUCGCGACGCUAGACCCAGGGAAGCCUAUCCGUCCCAGAAGAAGAAGAACUUUGAGUCCAUACGCGGCAUGAGCAAGUCCACGCAGCGUUUGGAUGAGAUAGGCGAGAACGCGAGAGUGAGGGCGCUGAGGAGCGAGUACACGACCAGAUCCCACGAGAAUCUCACCAGCCACGCGGAUUACGUAAACGCCAGGGACAUGCGUCGACCUCUGAUGAACAGUCCCACGAUGAACGGUAGGAAGGAGAGGUCGCCGUUUACCAAACGUCACCUGGACAGCCUCCGGGAGGGGCCCAACGAUGACUACGACACGGACAUCUCCCAGCUGACCAGUAGUCAGCUCGAAUCGAAAAAGUACUACAAAGAGACGCGCACCACUCAGCGAUACACCAGCAGCAAACACCCGGUACACGACGAUUACGACAGUUCUCCGCCAAGGAUACGCACCGAUCGAGGCGGUUACAACUCCAGCCGUUACGACUCCGACACGACAGCACGAGACUCGAUCCGUUGCGAGACUCGAUACGACGAGACCUCGCGUACUUUGAGAAAGGAGCAUCGAAAAUUGGACGAGGACCCGAAGAAGCCGUUACGAAGGUCGAGGAAUCGGUUGGAUUAUUUCGACGACUCGGACGCGAGGGACAGCCCGCGAGCGAAGGCUUCCGUUGGACGUUUGGAGCCUUUCGACGAGAGCCCGACUAGGCCGCCCAGGGCCUUCCACGAGGGCGGCAAGUCCAGGCACACCAGGCAGGAAAUUCGAGCGCACACCGAGCGCCGUCACCGCGAGACACGGCUCAGCGAUUCCGAUCGGAAGGAUCGUCUGGCCGAUUCCGGGAUCGAGAACGAUUACAGGCGCGAUUCACAGGAAGUGGAUCGGCGGGAGCAGAUCGAGUCGGAGGACGAGGGUUUCGUCACGCGGCAGUUCAUCAAGCAUGAGAGACGGCACACGGACCGGAACAUGAACCUCACGUCCUCCGAGCAACGGAAGUACGACAAGUAUACGAACGACGCGGCGAAGUCGUCGCCGGUCACCGCGAAACCGCCGUCAGGCGCUGACAAAAAGUACGAGAAGAAGGCUGCGAAGAAGAGCGGCACCAUGAGCAAAGUAAAGCAGCUGUUUAGUAAGAAAGAGAAGAAGGCGAAGGAGGAGAAGAGCAAGAAGAACGCGAGAAGCAACAGCAGCGGCGCGCUGACGGACGACGAAGUAACGAUGAGGUACAGGGAGUACCGCGGCGAUCAGCUGAGGAGCGCGAAGAGCGCCAGGGACCUGGGCAGCGACAUCAAUCAGGACGAGUACGGCCAACGCAGACGCCUAUCCACUCCCAGCGGCAGUCCAAGUCCUCCCAGGCCGACGAGGCUGUCCAGAUCCACGGGCACGCUCACCCGAGACGAGGACACCUUCUGCGAGUCGACUAACACCCUUACCAGGGAGAAUCAGGGCCAAGAAGCCGAGAGAAAGGGCUGGUUCAAGUCUUUGUCUAGGAAGAACAAGUCCAACAUGAAAGCGGUGGACAAGAAGCCCAGGAUACCGGAGAGCGAGAUCUUGACGACUGGCACCGAAGACGAGGAAGCCUCGUCCGCGCCUGAACGAGUCUCCGUGCAGAAGAACCUACGUUUCUUCGGUGACACGGAUCAGGAGUCCGUUUCGUCCAAUAGAGAUCGCAGAAACAAACGAGCCGACGACCACGCCUGCUCAGGGCGUGAUGUUACGAACUCCAGCCGCCACAAUUUGGGCAUUCUGUCGCCACCACGGAAACCACCGAGACUGGCCGAGAGCGCGUUGUCUUCCGGUGAAAGUACGACAGGUGACAGCAGCCAGCAGAGCCAAAACUCUCAGAGGUCGCAGAGAUCCGUCGUAUACCUCCACGCUGCUACGGUGGGCGAGAUACCUGGACCCAAUGAAAGACGCAGAGCGGCGAGCAGGGAGGAAUUAAACCGACCCCUACAAUCGCACACGAGAACAGUAUCGAGGAGCGUGAGCGUUCUCGCGCCGUGGAAGCCGAGACACUACAGGGAACCCUUCGAAAUAAAUUACGACCAGCAACUGCACCCGAAGCCAAUGGCGACCAUGAGGCGCAGACAAAGAAGUCGCGAGACACUAAGUCGUCGGGGAAAAGACGCUCGACGAAGCAAGGACAAUAUCUCGAAAACCGGCACGAUCAAUCGCAGUACGCUGAAAUCGAAGGACAAACAGAAGGUGGACAGAACCGUUUCCACGGAAUCUUUGGCCACCAAGUCACGGGGCGUAAAUUUGAAACCAGAACUAAGCAGGUCCACGUCUGUUCCACGCGAUCCGAACAAAAGCGCGGGAUGGUUCAAGCUGAAGAGCAAGAAAUCCUCCCGAGCUUGAAGAGGAGGCCAUUGAUCAAUGCUAGUCUUGAGUUUCAUAAGUAAUUCGUAAUCGUAAGGGAUCUAAUACGUCACCUAUCCAGCGCUAAAAGCGGCGAGGAAUUGUACGGGCUACUAUUACCACUUCCCUCUAUUCUUUUAAUGUACAAUGCAACGCAUCGAGAACGAAUUAAUAAUCUUAUUAACCGAAUAAAAAAUUUUGCCAAGAUUAGAACGCGACUAUUGUAAUCGCGAACAAUGUAAAUUUUAAUUACACCGGAGAAUCCGCCGGUGUCGCGACCACAUCUAUGAACAAAUUAUGGCCACAUGCGUAUUUGGAAAUGUAAAAUCGACUAAAUAUGUACACCUGUUUAAACAUGUUUUCGUUUCCUAUAAUUAACAUCGCAUCCUUUCUCGAAGGAUUUCCUUUCUGAAAUAAUAAACGAAUUUCGAUUAAAAUAAGAAGGGUACCAAUGAAGAUAUGGAUGGAAUAUGAAAACUUGAAUGAAACACAGAUUUUCGUUAUUCACCUUAAAAUCCUCGAAGGUGUAUACUACUUUCGAUAAUCGAGCCUUCUCUCUGCCAAAUUUAACGAUUUAAAUUUGCUGGGUGAGACGAGAACGCAUUCAAGGAAGAUGUAUUACGUUGUCUUUCUCUCGCGACGUGCAUGAUACGACGACGUCUAGCAACUUCAUACACCGCAUUCAAGUUAACGAAAAACAUUCCACAAAUGUGUUCAUGAUAAAUUGUGAACGUACGAAAGCGUGUGGUUUUAUGAAAACGGAAGAAAUUUAUUUCAGUUCACCGUGAAUCAGAGUGCCAUUUCCGUUCUGCUAAGUGUAUACACAUUGUUCCAAGACAAAUCAAAAUUUUUCUGAACGUGCAAGGUAUUUUAAUCUACAAAUAUAACAGGUAAUAUGUGUUAAGGUUAAGCUAUAGUGUAAUAGCGUGAAAGUAAAAAAAAUAUUUUUUAAAUUUGUGUCGCAACGAUCAUGUUGUAAAAGAGGAUAAUUAGCAUUUAUGUAUAAUUUCUAAAUGUUUUAUUGUGCAUAGAUCAACCCGAUCUUACUUACAUACACUAAUUGUAAAUAUUUGUAAUAAUAAUCUUUAUUUCUAACUAC